UGCCUCUCGUCGCCGCCGCGGCGCGGGCAAGGAUGGCUCGGCAGCCCCGGGGCUUUCUGCAGGAGGCGUCUCACCAAGUCGUCGCCGGGGGUUCGGCGGGUCUUGUAGAAAUUUGCCUGAUGCAUCCCCUUGAUGUAGUGAAAACAAGGUUCCAAAUUCAAAGAGGGAAAACUGAUCCAACCAGUUACAAGAGCCUGGGGGACUGUUUUAGGACUAUUUUCCAACGAGAAGGAUUACUUGGCUUCUACAAAGGAAUACUUCCUCCUGUCCUGGCUGAGACACCCAAAAGGGCAGUGAAGUUUUUUACCUUCGAACAAUACAAGAAGCUACUGGGAUAUGUGUCAUUGCCACCAGGACUGGCAUUUGCAGUUGCUGGCUUGGGCUCUGGGUUGACAGAGGCAGUUGUGGUUAACCCAUUUGAAGUAGUGAAGGUUACCUUACAGACCAAUCAGAAUGCCUUUGCAGAGCAACCAUCGAGCUUUGUUCAAGCUCAGCAGAUCAUUAAAACCGGAGGUCUGGGCUCCCAAGGACUCAACAAAGGCCUUACUGCCACACUGGGCCGUCACGGAGUUUUUAACAUGGUUUACUUUGGAUUCUACUUCAAUGUGAAAAACAUUCUUCCAGUCAAUAAGGAUCCAAAUUUGGAGUUUUUGAGGAAAUUUGGAAUUGGGUUAGUCUCGGGAACAAUAGCCUCAAUUAUUAACAUUCCUUUUGAUGUUGCAAAAAGUAGGAUUCAAGGACCACAGCCAGUUCCUGGAGAGAUCAAGUACAGAACCUGUUUUAAAACUAUGGCAACAGUCUAUAAAGAGGAAGGAUUUCUGGCUCUGUACAAAGGCUUGCUUCCCAAGAUCAUGAGGCUGGGUCCAGGUGGUGCAGUGAUGCUUUUGGUUUACGAAUACGUUUAUGCGUGGCUUCAGGACACAGUUACUCACAAGUAGCACUUCUGAAAAAUGUACUCUUUAAAAUUACAUGCAUUCUAAAAUACACUAUAAUAAAGCAAAUGUGAUUCUUAUUCUUUA